AUCUUUACAAUAAGUUUAUGCUGUAUCAAGAAAGAACAAAAAAAAUACCAAAAUAGGUUAGUUAUAGGGUACAGUGAUGCUUGCUGAUUGAUUCCUUCAUUAGAUUUGCAGUAAUAUCACUUAGUGAUUUAAUUGUAUACUACAACUACCUUCCAGGAAUAGACCGUUUAUUUUCAGUAAAAAUAUUCUAGUCUAACCACAUGCUAUGUGGCAAGAAAAAGUGUAAACAGUUUGUAAAAAAUGGGGAAUCCUCUAAAAAGGCUCUUUCAAACUUUUCUAACUGGAAACUUGAAACGUCAUGGAGGUGAUUCGCACUUUCCCUCGUCUAGACUAAACUCCUGCAAAUGUAGAAAACGGUAUUGUGAAGGAGUUUACUACGAAAAAUAGUUUAAUGAGCCAUACGCACAAAAUUAAUGCAUAUUCAGUUAGAGCAACACACUGAAACGGCUUCCCUCUUUUCAAUGCAACAAUCAGUUCAAGUGACUUUCUAUGUCAACACAAAUGAGUAGUAACUGGGAAUCAUGAGAUGCACUAAUUUGUACGCAACAAAAAAAGAAUUAACGAUAGAGUAGACCAAUGCUUUUCACUCUUAUCAUAUUAAUUUAAGUCAAACUUGACGUAGACAUCUACAACAUUUUUUCUCUUUCAUACAUUCAGGUAUGUAAAAUUAUCUUUUUAAAAAGGAUAACAUUUUUUUGCAUUAUGGCAUGAAAAUUAUCCCAAAAUUAUGAUACCAAAUGUUUCAUCUUCUCUAACAUUUUUAAAGGAACACACACGCUUGUUUGACUAGAUUAUAAGAAAAAGUAUAUGAGUGCUUGUGUGAGGCUUAUAUUACGUCGUAAUUUAGAUUAACUUCACAUAGGUCUGUCUUUUUAUGUAUUUGACUACUAUCUGAUAUCGUUACAAAAAUUUAUAUUGGGUCAUAUUCUAUUGAAAAUGCAUUCCUCUAGUACUAAAAUUAGAGCAAUAAAUGUAGAUGAGAAAACGCCAAAGUGCCAUAAGAAUAAAAAUCAUAGCAUUAGCUUUAAGCUCGAUUUAGAUUCAAACAACAAUUGGUUCUCGACUUCGUGGUUUUUCCCAACUUUUUUUCUGUUUCUGUUCCUAUUCUCGCUUUAUGUAUUAUCGAGGUAUGGAUCAGAAAGCUCUACUGAAAACAUUACGAACAAAAUCGUUCCGUACUCGUUCUAUUAUUUUAUGUAUUGCGCCCUCGCGGGUGCGCUAUCUGGGAUCUCCCAUACACUUCUUCUUCCUAUAGACAUUCUAAAGUGUCGACUUCAAGUGGGCAGGUGUAAAGACUUUAAAGAUGGUAUUCAUUCCAUCUUCAAGUUAGAAGCAGGAAGUUCCUACUUGCAAAUGUUGGGCAUCCUGUAUCGUGGAUGGCUCCCGACCACCUGUGGCCACUUCACGCAAGGUGGAAUAAAGUACUUUCUGUACGAAGUGCUUAAAUACUACCUCUUGGGGAUGAUCCAAAAACCCUUUAACGUAGGCAAAGAAGAAACGUAUGUCUUUGAGGUGCUCGGGCACACCGCCCAAAAGGCCUUUGGAAUUUUGAUUGCGAGUUGCGUGGCGGAGAUCGUGGCGGACCUCGCGCUGGCGCCCUGCGAAGCGGUUAAACUUCGAACCCAAAUCACCGGCUCGCACUCGGUGAGUCUCUCCACGGUGAUCCAUCAAAUUUGGCUGCAAGGCGGCCUGAGGGCCUUCUACAAAGGCCUCAUUCCCGUGUGGUGUCGACAGGUCCCGUGCACGGUCAUCAAAUUCAUCUGCUUUGAAAGGAUCGUACGGGUGCUGUACUGGUGUUUUAAUAGAACGGGCACCAACGACAAGACGGAACCCCAUGAAAGUGAUGUGACCUAUCUUUGUCUUUCAUUGAUAGCGGGAGGGUUGUCAGGAAUGAUUUGUGCGGUGAUAAGUCAUCCCGCCGAUACCAUCCUUUCCAAACUCUUUCACAACGACGACCCUGUCAAUGUGAUCCUUCCAUUGCCCGCGGAUCACAGUAAAGACAAAUGCGGCGUUGAUACCGUGUCCAAAAAUUUAGUGGAAGUUGGCAAAUGUGGCCCUUCAAACACCAAUCCCAUGUUUGCCUCUGAAAUAAAACAUUACAGACACAAGGGAGGGUGUGCAAACCCGCAAGAGCUCAUAAAUGGACUUUCAAUAUCUGAAUCAAAGUGCAGUCUAAACACCACCGUAGAUGUCAAUUACAUUGAUUUGACUCCUUUGAAAGAUUCAACUGACAACGCGCAAAAAGGAAGAAUGUCGUUGAUUGAUCUUAUCAGGAGCUUAACCUGGAAAGACCUCUGGCGUGGUUUGCUGCUUCGAGUGAUUCUGUUGACUAUUUGUUCUUCCAUGCAGUGGGUAAUCUAUGAUUCUGUCAAGGUACUAUUAGGAUUCCCUACAACAGGUAGCUCUUAG